GAUUCCUAACCAUCAAUCUGACAAUCGGCUGACUUCAAGCCAGUGGUUUUAACAAACACAGUAUCGACUACGUAUUUUGUGUUUUAUAAUAAGGGCACUCAUGUUUCAUUAAGAACGCCGUAUUACAUAAUAAAAAUAGGUUAGACAGUUCACCUGGAAAGAAAAGCAUCCAACUCGAUUACCUCGCGGAGCAGCGAUGAGGAUCUCGAUAUUUAACGAAAAUGAAUCCGUGCUGUUAGUUGGAGAGGGCAAUUUCUCGUUCUCGCUAGCGUUGUUGCGGCACGAUUUAAAUGUCAAGCUAGUCGCUACCUGUUACGAGGUCGGUGCGAGUCGAGAGACUACAAAACGAAACGUAGAAUAUCUUCGGAAUAAUGGUGUUUGCGUACUGUUCGACGUGGACGCUACGAAAUUGGAGGAGUGCACCUCCUUGAGAACCGAGCCGUUUGACAAGGUUAUCUUUAACUUUCCCCACGUGGGCGGUAAAAUGAGAAUAGAGAAGAAUAGGGACCUGCUUAGAGCCUUCUUUCUGUCAUCCGAAAGGAUAUUGAGAGAUAACGGUCAGGUGUUGGUAACGCUGUGCAACGGGCAGGGUGGAACGCCCGUGGACGAUCCCGGGAGGCGUUGGGACGAUUCCUGGAAGAUCGUUGAGAUGGCUGCGCACGGCAAUCUCGUCCUGACGAGGGUGGAGCCCUUCUUGUGGCACCACUUCCGAGACUAUACCGUUACUGGCUACCGUAGCUUAGAGAAACAAUUUCACACGGCGGGCUCGUUGACACACUUCUUCGUCAAGAGUGAACCACCCACGGUGCACAAUAUCGCACUCGACCGUAAAUUAGAUAUCCCUGAGCGUAACUUCGACGGCACUACGUGGCGAGAGAUGACGACAAAUCUACUCAGGGCGCUAUCUGUUACCGCGUGCGUCCACGAGGAGACUAGACCCACGGCUUUGCGCAGAAGAAAACCGAAAUCGCAAAAUCAAUUAACUGUGCAGCAUUUCGUGGACAUUAAGCAAGUAAAAACUAUUGGAGGAAACGGCGGGGAUGGACAAAUAUCGUUCUUACGAUUGUGGGUGAACGAUCGGGCUGGCCCCGACGGGGGCGACGGUGGGAACGGUGGUCAUGUAAUAUUCGAGGCGAGCUCGAAUGUGAAGGACCUUAAACAUGUGCAGCCAAUAAUUACGGCUAAAGACGGAGAAAAUGGCCUCGGCGACGAAUGUUUCGGCAAAAAUGCACCGCACAAUACAGUACAAGUACCGAUCGGCACAAUCGUGCGUCACGUGGACGGUAAGAUAGUGGCUGAUUUGGAUCGACCUGGAAUGAUGUUCAUUGCCGCGAGAGGUGGUGCCGGCGGUCACGGAAAUGCCUUUUUUAAGUCCAAUGUCAAUCAGUCACCUGAAAUAUCGGAAUAUGGUGCAAUCGGCGAAAGUUUACAAUAUGUAGUGGAAGUAAGAAGUAUGGCCCACAUCGGAUUGAUUGGUCUCCCAAAUGCUGGUAAAAGUACACUUCUGAGAGCGAUAUCCCGAGCUAGGCCAAAGAUAGCAGCGUACCCGUUUACUACUUUAAAACCUCACAUAGGCAUGAUAGAGUACGACGAUUACGAACAAGUUGCAGUGGCCGACAUGCCCGGUCUCAUAGAAAAUUCGCAUAAGAAUAAAGGGCUCGGCAUAACUUUUCUCAAGCAUGCCGAACGCUGUGCCGCUUUAGUCUUUAUCGUGGAUGUCACACUGGAUGAGCCGUGGGAAGCUCUAGAAAUCUUGCGAUACGAGAUUAAUCAGUUUAAUGAAAAGCUGAAUGACAGGCCUCAACUCGUGGUAGCGAACAAAAUGGACUUGCCAGAUGCCGAGAGAAACUUACAGUUACUGAAGAAAAACGUAGACUUACCAAUAAUACCUAUCUCUGCUAAGGUAGGCACUAACGUCUCCGCUUUGUUAAAGGAGAUUAGAAUAUUGUAUGACAAUCUUAAAGGUGACGAAACAAAGAAAAGCACUGACAAUUUUUCAUAGAAAUUAAUUCCCGACGAAAGAAACCACACUGCUCUUUUUACGCAAUAAAGCCGGUAAAAAGUAAAAAAUCU